AUGUGGAGGGGAGAGGAUUACAUUCGUCCUGAUGACGAAGUCUCUGAAAUUCUGAAAUAUGGUGAAGGCUCUAGCUUUGUUACUGUCAAAAUUCAUCACAGUGGGGGUUUCGUGACAAACAAGACUGGAAAACUUGUUUUCUUUCAAGUGGAGGUGGACUACUUUGAUGAAGUUAAGUCUGAGGACCUUAAGCUUGAAGAGGUUAACUCGUUUAUAGAUCGUAUUGGAUUCUGCAGGCCUCACAAGCUAUUCUACGUAGACCCUAAUGUUGCAGAAUUUGAUGGCUUUAGAAGGUUAAAUUCAGAUCAAGAUUUGAAAUCACUGAUGGAAUUCACGUCUGCAGAGAAGGGUAAGGUUGUUGUUAUCUACAGGAUAGGUGUCAAUGAAUAUGAUCCAUUACCAGGACCAAAACCCAAACGUCCAGCAUAUUUAGAUGUAGGUGAAGAGAGUGAUGCAGAUGAUGAAGAUUAUGAACCAGAGAGUGAUUACAGCUUGUCUGAUUCUGAUGAUGAAAGCAGCUGCAAAUAUGCCAAUGAGUCCAUGCGUACUUCCUACUGGGCAAGUUUGAGGAAGCCAUCUGAGUUUGUGCCUUAUGCACAUGUACCUGAGACUGGAGAUUCAGAAUAUGACCAGGCUUCUUGUGAUGAAUUGCAUGAAGUUAAAGGUUCUGAUGAUGAGGAGGACCAAGUAGAAGUUAAAAGGUAUAGAGAGUUUAACCCUAAGAAGGAGAUGCAUAACCCAACCUUUGAAGUCACGCAAAGAUUUGGUGACAAAUGGAUUUUGUUAAAAGCCAUUAGAAUACAUGCUCUUGUUGAAAGGAGGGGUACUCACUUCAAAAAAAAUGAUACUAAAGUUGUCCACGCACGGUGUGUUGAGGGUUGCAACUGGGAAGUGUAUGGGGCUAGAGUCUCAAAAGAGGAUCCAACAUUUGAGAUCAGAACUCUUAAUGAUAAACAUACUUGUGACAAGAUUUGGGAGAAGAACAGGAACUGCAACUCCAACAUCGUUUCAGACUGGUAUCUUGCUGAUUUUGCACAUGAUCUAAGAAUGAGUGUGGGAACUCUGCAAUUUAGAGUUCUCAAUGAGAAGAAGAUUACUAUUUCCAGAACACAAGCUUACAAUGUCAAUAUAAAGGCUCUCGAAAAGGUUAGAGGCAAUAUUGUGGAACAGUAUGCGAAGUUGGAAGGUUACAUGGAAGAAACCAAAAAGCUGAACCCAGGCACCACAUUUGAGCUGAUGAAGGACCCUAACCCUGAACGUCCUGAUACCUUUAAGAGGGCUUGUUGCCAGCUGUUAAGUCCAAACUUCCAGCAGUUUCACACAGCAAAAUCAAGUUAUGUAAAAGAGCAUGAGGAGCUGAUGGCAGCUCUAAAAGAUUAUGAUGAAGCUACUUGGAGGUGGUUAGAUGAUUUGAAUUUUGCUAAUUGGUGUAGGGAACUUCCUAUUCUUGGAAUGCUAGAAUGGCUUAGAGUGUACUUAACCAAGAGAGGGCAGAAGAAGAGGGAGUGGCUAGCAAGGAAUGAGUUUGUUGUUGGGCCUAAGAUUAAAAGAAGCAAGUUUUGGAAAAAGCAUGAUGGUCCACAACUGCAACCACCAGAAUUCAAGCAUAAGAUUGGUAGACACAAAGGUAGCAGGAACAAGGAUAAAGAUGAACCUGUGAGAAGGAACAAGAGAGAAUCCAUUAAAGCAAGUAGAAAGACGGGUAAAGGUGUUAACAAAUGCAGCAAGUGUAACGUGACUGGCCAUAUAAGGAGACACUGCCCGGAUCUACUUAACCAAUCAAAUCAGGUAGCUCAACAGGGCCAAGGGACUGUUGCUGAUACCAAUCCACCCAUACCAAAGAGGAAAGGGAGACCCCCAAAGAAAAAUCCACACAAUCUGGUGGAUGAAGACAUAAGCCAAGUAAGAAUCAGUUUCAAGGGUCUCUUUGGUCAUAUUAUUCCUGUUAGGGAAGGAGAUACCAACAAUCCUCAGCCGGCACAACAAAAAAGGAGGGGUAGGCCACCAACAACACACUCAAAAUGUAAGCAAUGCAAGCAAAUGGGACAUACCAAGUCCAUAUGUCCAGAACUGGCAAGAAAGAGAUCGAAAGAAGCCGUUGGUGUUGAUAUUUUUGAGCAAAAUACAAGUGUGGUGCAAUGUGACCAUUGCCGCUUGCUUAACCACACAAUCGUAGAUUGUCCAGUUCAUGAUGCUGAAAACUGGCUUCAUGAUAAUGAGGUCUUGGAAGAGGUGGAACUGGCUUCAACACUUCGUCCAUCUAGUUCUGCUGACCCAGCUACACCAUUCAUUGUUCAGAAUCAUGAUGUGGCAGAACCAAACAAUACAGAUGACAGUUUGUCAAGCAAUCAGCAGCAACACCAAAUUAUGGACCAGUUGGAACAGGAUUCCAAUCAAACUCCAAGUGCUGAUGAAAGGUCCCCUGAGCCAGAAGCAACAAUAACAAAUGUGACAUUGUCGGCCAAUCUUGAUGAUCAUGAAGCAGAUAUUGUAAUUCUCCCUACUGUCGUAACCUCAAUGGCUGCCAACAAAGCCAUAAAAAACCGCAAAAAAUCAGCCCAUUCAACACCAAAGAGAAAAAGUGCAAGGCUAGCUGCUGUUAAGGUAAGGUUUGAUGUUGAUGGUCAUGGCAGUAGUCCCGAAAAGGCAAUUCAGAUAUUAGGUAAGGAAGCUGUGGAAACAUCCGUCGGGAGGAAAAGGGCCAAAACCUUCCAUGGUGCAAAUCCUCACAAAAGUACUUUAUUCACUCAUUGCAUCUAA